AUGUGUGGAAUCUUCGCUGCUUUUAGACAGCCCUACGUGGACUCGUUCAAGGACAAGGCCCUUCAAUACUCCAAGAGAAUCAGACACAGAGGUCCAGAUUGGACUGGUACCGCCGUCAUCAACAACACCAUCUUGUGUCACGAGAGAUUGGCCAUUGUUGGUUUGGACUCCGGCGCUCAGCCAAUCAUCUCUCCCGAUGACCGCUACUCGUUGGCCGUCAACGGUGAGAUCUACAACCACAUCCAGUUGAGACAAGAGUUGAGCGACUACAAGUACCAGUCUUUGUCUGACUGUGAGCCUAUCAUCCCAUUGGUCGAGAAGUUCGGCAUCGACGCUCCAAAGCACUUGGACGGUAUGUUCGCUUUCGCCAUGUACGACAAGAAGGAGGACAGAAUCAUCGCUGCCAGAGACCCUAUCGGAAUUGUGACCUUGUACAUGGGUAAGUCCGCCAAGAACCCGGAGACCAGAUACUUUGCCUCCGAGUUGAAGUGUCUCAUCGACGAGUGUGACGAGAUCUUCGCCUUCCCUCCCGGCCACGUCUACGACUCCAACACCGAUGAGAUCACCAGAUACUUCACUCCUACCUGGUGGGACGGCUCCAAGAUUCCAGAGAAACACGUGGACUACAAGGAGGUCCGUGAGACUUUGGAGUUGGCUGUCAGAAAGAGAUUGAUGGCUGAGGUGCCAUACGGUGUCUUAUUGUCUGGUGGUUUGGACUCGUCUUUGAUUGCCUCCAUUGCCGCUAGAGAGACCGAGAGAGCCGCUGCUGCUUUCUCCGGCGAGGGUAUUGAUGCCAACAAGGAGUUGUCCGGUGUCGACGCCUCCGGUUCUUUGCACACCUCCGGUUUCAACAGAUUGCACUCCUUCGCCAUUGGUUUGCCCGGCGCCCCUGACUUGAUCGCUGCCGAGAAGGUUGCUCACUUCAUUGGUACUGUUCACCACUCGCACACCUUCACUUUGGAGGAGGGUUUGGAUGCUUUGAACGAUGUCAUCUGGCACCUUGAAACCUACGAUGUUACCACCAUCAGAGCCUCUACUCCUAUGUACUUGUUGUCCAGAAAGAUCAAGGCCCAAGGUGUCAAGAUGGUCUUGUCCGGAGAGGGUUCCGAUGAGAUCUUCGGUGGUUACUUGUACUUCGCCAACGCUCCAUCUGCUGCUGAAUUCCACUCCGAGUGUGUCCAAAGAGUCAAGAACUUGCACUACGCCGACUGUUUGAGAGCCAACAAGUCCACCAUGGCUUGGGGUUUGGAGGCCAGAGUUCCUUUCUUGGACAAGCAAUUCUUGGAGGUCUGUAUGAACAUCAACCCAGAAGACAAGCUCAUCAACCAAAAGGAGGGCAGAAUCGAGAAGUACAUCUUGAGAAAGGCCUUCGACACCACCGACGACCCAUCUGCCAAGCCUUACUUGCCAGACGAGAUCUUGUGGAGACAAAAGGAGCAAUUCUCCGACGGUGUCGGCUACUCCUGGAUUGACGGUUUGAAGGAUGCCGCCGAGGCCGCUGUCUCUGACGAGGAGCUCGCUCAUCCAAAGCCUGAAUGGGGCACUGAUGUUCCAACCACCAAGGAGGCCUACUGGUACAGAUGUAAGUUUGACCAGAUGUUCAACGGUUCUAAGGCCGCUGCUUCUACUGUCAUGAGAUGGAUUCCAAAGGCCGAGUGGGGAUGCCACGCCGACCCUUCGGGUAGAUACGCCACUACCCACGAGCACAAGGUUGAUGCCUAA